CAAGCUUCAUAACUCAGAACUUUUCACCUUGGUUGGUAUCAGUUGGACAAUUUUCCGUUGAUCUCAUUGAACUUUCGCCUUGAUUUGGACAUAUUUAUUCGUCUCAACUUGAUAGCAGCACUGAUUUCAUUGACAUUACCAUUGUUAUUGUCCUUGACUUCAUCGUGGUUCACAUCAUAUAAAAAAUUAGCUUCAUUCUCUGAACACAGUCACUCGCUUAUCCUCGUUGUUCCAGUUUGAUUUCAAAAACCAAAGCUACGUCACACCUUUUAAACGUUCAAAAUGGUAUAUUUCCCACCCACACCUACUGUAGAUACACAUGAUAAGGCCGAUCUUGUUGUUUUGGCUGAAAGGGCCCCAUCCUCCUCUGAUCCGUGCAAACACAGCAACGCUCACGGAUGUACAAAGCCAGUGGCCGAAAAUAGCUUGACCAUCGCUUUAGCCGUUGUGAUUCCCGUUGUCGUCAUUAUGGCCAUUCUUGGGUUUUUCCUCUACAAAAACUACCGGAAGGACAAAAAGGAAGCCAUGGAACACGAUCCAGACUUUGACGAAAACGGGGAAGCUACGGCUUUGCCCGAUUUCCCUAAGGGACGGCCAUUCCCCAUGGAAGAUCCUUUCCAUAACAGAAACUCCGUCAGAUACCCCCAGUCUGGAUUUAAUCGUUCCACUCCUUCGUUGGUGGCUACAACUCAUGGAGAUCCAUAUUUGGACAACUUCGUGUUACCUUACCAUCAUCAAACUGGCUCCAAGGUUUCUUUGGACGAUUACGCUCGCAACUUCGGCAGCAAUCCCGGCUACUCGAAUAGAGUUUCUGUAGCAAGAACUAGAGACUCCAGCUUGAGUGGAUUCCAUGUCCCCAACCUUCUGUCUAUUCCCACGAAUACUAAUACCAACACUUCUCCACAGAAGUCUCACUUACGAAAGGAAUUACUGGAAAACUCGAUUAGCAAGAGUCCGGUGAAAAGAGUUGGUGAUAGAGAAUACACUAACAUUCCCAACGUCUCUACUCCUAGCUUCAGACACGAUGUCACCACUAUCAAGCUCCCAGGGGACGCUGAAUCUACUAGCUCAGAAGAUGAUGAAAAAGACCAUUCUUCUGAAGGCUUGAUCCAUCACAACUCCGAGAAGUUUGCCGUGAGCUACGAAAAUGAGUCAGACAACUUGCGUGAAAGCAGCUCUCAGUCUUUUGAAAGUGUUCACAACGAUCACAGAGACAGAAGCAUGAACGACCAGUCGCAGUCUGGAAGUAGGUCGCCUUUCGAUGACAAUGAUCCUCAUACCAUUGAUACCACUGCUCAAACGGCAGAUCUUAUAGAAGGUGUUAAUACUGAAAAGAAGGAUGCCAGACCUAACAAAGAACUCGAGAAGCAG